GCGCCGCUCCGGAGCCGCACGGAGCAGCAACUCGGGCCUAUCGAGGCCGGCAGCCCGCGGAUGUGGGCUGAGGUGUUGCUUCUGCCCUGCAGGGCCCGGCUGCUUCCCCCUCUCCGGCUGCGGCACCGCGCGGCGCGCGCCAUGAGGCUGCAAUCCCCGCAGUUCCAGGCGCUGUUCACGCCGGGGCUGCGCAGCGUGGCAGAAUUGUUUGAGAAGAAGAACUACGAGCUGAGAAUAGCGGGCGGUGCUGUGAGGGAUUUGCUCAGUGGAAUGACGCCUCAGGAUGUGGAUUUUGCCACUACCGCUACACCGGAACAGAUGAAGGAUAUGUUCACGUCUGCUGGCGUUCGACUGAUCAAUAACAAAGGAGAGAAACACGGAACCAUCACUGCCAGGCUCCAUGAACAGAAUUUUGAAAUUACCACUCUUAGAAUAGAUAUCGUCACCGAUGGACGGCACGCAGAGGUGGAAUUCACCACCGACUGGGAGAAGGAUGCUGAAAGGAGGGAUCUGACUGUCAAUUCCAUGUUCUUAGGCUUGGAUGGGAUGCUGUAUGAUUUCUUUAAUGGAUAUGAAGACUUAAAAAACAAGAAAAUAAGAUUUGUGGGAAAGGCAAGUGCAAGAAUACAAGAAGAUUAUUUACGAAUCCUAAGAUAUUUCAGGUUUUACGGAAGGAUUGCAGAAAAACCUGGCGAUCAUGAACCUAGCACACUGCAAGCAAUUAAAGACAACGCCAAAGGUUUGGCUGGGAUUUCAGGAGAAAGGAUUUGGGUGGAACUGAAGAAAAUUCUCAUUGGAAACCACGUGAAUCAUUUGGUUCGACUUCUGUAUGAGCUGGACGUCGCUCAGUACAUAGGUUUACCAGUUAAUGGAAGUCUGGAUGAACUUGACAGAGUCAGUAAAAAUACUGAAAGUUUGUGUCCAAAACCCAUGACUGUUCUGACGUCAUUGUUCAGGGGGAAGGAUGAUGUAACAAACCUUGAUUUGAGGCUGAAAAUCUCAAAAGAGGAGAAAAACCUUGGCUUCUUUUUGCUGAAACACCGUGAGGAGUUAACUAAAGCGACGGGUCCGGAACCUCUUAAACCAUAUCAAGACUUCAUAAUGGAUUCUAGGGAAACAAAUACAAUUUCCAAAAUCUUAGAACUUCUGAAGUACCAAGGAGAAGAGCAGCUUUUAAAAGAAAUGCAGCAGUGGACUGUUCCUACUUUUCCUGUUAGUGGCCACGAUUUACGGAAAAUGGGUAUAACUUGUGGAAAAGAAAUUGGCUCAGCACUACAGCAGCUAAGGGAAGAAUGGAAGAAGAGCGGGUACCGCAUGGAUAAAGAAGAAUUGUUAAGUUGUAUGCAGAAAGUGUGAACAGUAAUAAUAAAGGAGAAAACAGUUUGUGCUAUCAUGUGGAAA